AUGAAUCUCCAGGCGCGGCCAAAGGCAACGAAUCUGAAGGGGAGGAGGACCUGUAUAGCUGGGGAGUAUCUGAGGACCAAUCCCCCCAAAACAAAAGGAGAGAAGGGUCAUCCCAACUGGGACAACUAUAGGAUUCCCGACCCACCGCCCACCACCGCGUUGAGGAAGUCAGAUCAACAGAUAAGGGAUCUCAAGGGGGGGACAGAGCUCCGAAAAAGAAGGGAGACAAAUAUUCUGAAGGAGGUAAAAAAACUUUACGGCGGGUUCAAAGAUAGGGUAAGACUUGGAUUUAAUAUGGAAGAGAAGGAGGAAGAGAAUAUCUAA